AUGACUAUCACAAGGCUCAGGAGUGACAUGUUCAAGAAAGCCAUCGAGAGCAUGAAGGGAUUGAGAAGGAAUGCAGAGAGAGACUUUUGGGAGAGACAGCUGGAAGACUGGAAACCAGAGCAGAUCACAGGCGACGAUGCUAUUGAGCUCUCUAACAGAUAUUUCAGACUGAGAGGAAGAGCAGAGCAAGAGAACAGGGUACUGUUGACUGAUGAAAUCGACCCCAAUGGAGUUCUUGCACAUCUCGCAGGCAUCAACAUGAUCCACAUGGAAGAUAACAUGGUGAAAUACUUUCGAGGUGUAAUAGAUGGCAAAAAGAAAUGGUUCAGGAUCAGCGACAUUGUAGAGGCACAAUGCUCUAUUGUGUUCAUAAAGAGUAUAGGGGGCAACAUCAAAACCAAACUGAUUCUCAGGGCACUGGCACUGGUGAACUGCAAGCAUGCAAUGAAAGCAGAGAAAGAGAGAAAGGAUGCUCACCACCAAGGACAUGGGCAAGGUGUAUCACAGAAAGUCAAGCGAAAGGUCAGAUUUGAGUAUAGUAAUGGAGAAGAGGAUGUACAACAAAGUCGUAAAUGCCAUGAGAACAAGGAGGGUAUAGAUGAAGAGGGAGAUGAGAUAAUUAUGCAGAACUAA